UUUUUUUUUUUUUUUUUUUUUAUCUUUUGAACGCCUUUGUCUAUCGACUCCGUACAUGUCUUGUGAUUACGGCGUUUCCCCCAAGAGAAAUCCAUUCCAAUCUUUCCGUGGUAACUUCCAGAUGUGUUUCCGGAAGAUGGGUUGUAUCAACCUCAUUUGCCUCGUCCUGUUGAAAGUGAGUGCUGGUAAAGUUGUUACUGUUAGUGCUGUGUAAAUUAUUUGAUAUUACUUAACGAGCUAUGGCGAAAGACCAGCAAAACAUGGAAAUAGUUCCAUUGAUAUAUGAUUGGUCGCGAGAGAAGUUAUGGCGCCUAAGAGACCACCAGGGUUAUGCUCCGUCGUGUGUGUGUACUUGAUGCUAUCCACGUUGCC